AUGCACGAGUCGGCAGGGUUUGGCGCGUCGGCGGACGUAGGCCGUGGCAUCACACCGGACUCAAGCGGCGGUCGGAAGAGACAGCGUCCGGGGAGAUCGCCGGAAGACAAUGGCCUCGGCGGAAGUGAGGGGUCGCCGCUACCGCGGGUGCCGCUACCGCGUGGUCCUGCCUGUGUGCGUUUCCAGGCUAUUGAUGAAAGAAUGGCGUCGACUCUGAGCUACGAAGACUUCAUAGAGACAUACGCGCUACGUGGGCGCCCCGUGGUCCUCAAAGGUGGUGCGAGCCUGUGCUUUGAAGAGGGCAACGCUUGGAGUCGAGAAGCCUUGCGGGUGGAAGCAGGGCACAAGGUAGUGCCGGUUCGGCGAUGGGUGCCCGACUCAGUCAGCUGGGCGAGGCUGGAGAAGGCCGGCCAGAUGCCACUCGAACGACUCCUUUCGCAACCUGCGACAGACACCACGAGCGGACAAGAAGGCGCUGGCAAAGGCACCGGAGAGGCUGCCGCAUGCGGUCAAAUCGAGAUGGACGGAGGCGACCCGUUGUACCUGCACGAUUGGUCCCUCCCGCAGAACCUGGGUGUGGCAAGUCCGCUCCUGGCAGGAAAAUUUCGGGUGCCCAAGUUCUUUGCGGGUGAUUUGCUGCAGAGACUGGCCGGACGAGGGUUACCGUACACAGAUAGCUGGCCGAGCCUUUUCAUCGGGCCUAAAGGCAGUCGAAGCGACACGCACAUCGAUUCCUUCGGGUCGCAUUUUUGGAUGGCCCUACUCGAGGGCAAGAAGCGAUGGCUCCUGUACCCGAAAGAAGAGGCCCCUCUUCUGUACCCGAUUUGGCCGGAGGGCUGCCACGACCCCGUCUUCGAAGCCGACUUGGACAACCCGGACGCGACUCGAACACCUGCAGCACUGCUGGCGAAAGGGUUUUCUUGCGUCCUAGAAGCUGGUGACCUGUUAUUUGUGCCGGCUGGCUGCCCGCACCGUGUGGAGAACCUGACAGGCACGCUUGCUCUUUCGUGCAACUAUGUGGACGCUACCAACAUCGACAUGUCACUGGCAGCCCUCCAAGACCAGGCCUUUACGGACCCUCAAGCUGCCGCGCUGGCAUCAGCUCUGGGCAAUUGCAACCGAAAGUUGGCCCGUCGACAGGAGGAAGUGCCGUGGACGAUGCUCAAGAAAUGGCCACGAGAAGGCGAGGUUGCUGAAUGGCUGCCGAACCCCCGGGUCCAGUAA